AUGGGUGAUGGCAACGAGAACAAUCCCUUUCUUCGGGCAAUGGUGCCUCCCCGCGCCAUCAUCUUUGACAUUGGAGGUGUAGUGGUGGGAUCACCAUUGGUGGGCAUCAACCUCUACGAGCAGGAGAGGGGCUUGCCGCAUGACUACAUCAACGUCGGCAUCACAGCGCGAGGUCGCAAGGGAGCGUUUCAAGUGUGUAUGCGUCACAUACCCUCAAGCGUCCGCAGAAGCUGACGAGCUCAGCUCAUUCGGCUGACUCAUCCGCUUCUUUUGCUCCACGGGCAUCGCCGUAGCGUUUCGAAAGGAGCGAAUUGGCUUUGUACGCUUUCUACAAGACUUUUGGAGAGGAGUUGAGCGACCUGAACAGCAUGAACAGGUGGUACACUGAGUUCUGCAAGGCGAGGAGGAGAGGUCAGUCAGUCAGUCUGUCUGUCUGUCAGAAGCAUCGGUGCGAGAGGAGGUGCUGACGCGCGUGCGACGCCGUAAACACAGAGGUACCUCAGUUGCCAACGGACUUGCAGAUCGACGGCCGGCACGUAAGUGUGAACACGGACACUGGCUGCGGCAGCUGUGUGCUCAUCAUCUCGACAAACUUCCUCCUUUGCUCAGCUGUUCGGGCUGAUGAUGAAGCAAUCGACAAGGAUAGACCCUCUCAUGGAGACAGCCUUGAAGCGUCUUCGAGCAUCGGGCAAGUUUCGUCUUGCAGCCUUGACCAACAACUUUGCUCCACCUACCGCCGCAUCGCCGGAAAAUGGCGGUGGAGAGUCUGCAAAAGUUGCCACAUUGGAAGAAGAGCUGGAGCAUCUGGGCAUUUCAAAAGAGUCGCAAAGGAUACGGGACUUCUUCGACGAGUACAUUGAAAGCGCAGUAGUUGGAAUGCGCAAACCGGAAGAAGGUAUCUAUCUGUACGCCCUGGACAAGCUCAAAGUCAGACCGGACGAGGUGGUGUUUCUGGACGAUAUAGGUCACAAUCUCAAAGCAGCUGCCAAAUUAGGAAUUAGGACCAUCCGCGUCAGCGCCGCAUCUUGUCUGCAAGCGCUCAGGCAGUUGGAACAAGAGACGGGUAUCGAACUGCUCGAUGAGCGCCAGGUCGAAUAUGAGAAAGAAAGGGUCAGAGAAGCGGAGAUGGCCAAGAAUGCUCGGAAACCAAAGUUGUAG